AUGCGGGGAAUUCUUCGACCCCAGGCAUGGUCUCGAUGGCCUGCCCGCACUUUCUCAAAACACUCAACAGCACCGCCUUUGAGACGCGGUCUACUCACAAGCGCCUACAUCAAAGGUCCCUCAGAACCUGCAUUACUCGAGGAAACCGUCGGUGAGAAUUUCGCACGCAUCGUGGGUGCUCAUGGCGAUCGCAAUGCCGUCAUUUCCCGACAUCAACAACGUCGGUUGACCUACCACCAACUCGACCAGGACAGCAAUGUUGUGGCUAGGGGACUGCAAAGCUUGGGAAUUAAAAAGGGGGAUCGUGUUUGUGUCUCGCUAGGGAACAAUCUCGAGUUUGCCACCAUUACAUACGCCCUGUUCAAGCUCGGCGCCAUCCUUGUCCCGCUGAAUCCUGCCUUCACCUCGACUCAGAUCAUAUCGGCGCUCAACCAUUUGUCGUCCACACAUCUGAUCAUUGGGGCCGAGACAAACCUCCCAUACAAACCUCCGCGAUCCAAUGUCUCUCUCCUCCAAGGAUUGGUCCCAGAUCUUUCGACGACGACCCUUUCAUCCGAAGCGAUCCCAUCUCUAAAGAAUAUCAUAUUGGUGGACAAUUCGGCUGGUAGGAUAGAUCCCACAACAUUGAAAGCCACAACACCGUGGUCGUCAAUAAAUCAGGACUCUGAUACCUCAGCGCCGACACCUUCUUCACCCUUAUCCAACACCGACCUUGUCAACAUUCAGUUUACCUCCGGCACAACAUCAAUGCCCAAGGCCGCAUGUCUAUCACACCGGUCUAUCCUCAAUAAUGGAAAUCAGAUCGGUGAUCGCAUGCUACUCACACCAGAAGACGUUGUAGUCUGCCCGCCACCACUAUUUCACUGUUUCGGUUGCAUCCUUGGCUACAUGGCCACGGCUACUCAUGGGUCCGCAAUCGUCUUCCCCACAGAAGCAUUCAAUCCCAUGGCUGCCCUUCAGGCCGUUCAAGAAGAGAAAGGAACCGCCCUAUAUGGGGUGCCCACCAUGUUUCUCGCCGAACUUGAACUGAUCAAUGAUGAGGCAAUUCCAUACGAAGGGUUCCAACACCUCCGAACUGGCAUUGCUGCAGGCUCCUCAAUCCCAGCAGAAUUGAUGCGCAAGCUCCAUAAGACACUCAAUUUGACCGAACUUACAAUCUGCUACGGUAUGACUGAAACUUCGCCCGUUUCCGCCAUGACUACGACCGAUGACCCAAUCGAGAAACGCAUCAAUACUGUCGGCCGUCUCUUGCCUCAUGUUGAGGCCAAAGUAGUUGACCCAUUUGACCAUAACAAAGUUCUAGAGGUUGGCGAAAGGGGCGAGUUGGCAGUAAGCGGCUACCUCGUGAUGAAGGAGUACUGGGGUCAACCCGAGAAGACUGCCGAAGUCAUGUUAACGGACGACUCCGGCAAGCUUUGGAUGCACACGGGUGACGAAGCCUCAAUUGACAAAGACGGUUAUGUCAGUAUUACAGGCAGGAUCAAGGAUUUGAUAAUUCGUGGUGGCGAGAACAUUCAUCCUCUGGAAAUCGAGAAUUGUCUCUUCGCACAUCCAAAGAUCGCCGAAGUCAGUGUGGUAGGCCUACCGGAUGAACGAUAUGGUGAGGUCGUCGCAGCAUUUGUCAUUCAUAGACAUCAUCAUCUACAUCCCGAGGAGAAGGAAGUAACGGUUGAGGAGGUCAGAGAGUGGGUGAAGGAACGCAUGAGCCAUCAUCUCGUGCCCAAAUAUGUCUUCUUUGUACACGAGUACCCGAAGACAGCGAGUGGGAAGAUUCGUAAGUCCAAGCCCUAUCUUGUUUCUCCAUGA